AUGGGUUUCCUGAGUCCUAAGCAGCCGUACUUUGGCCUCAAGGGAGGAUGGCUGACCUUCUGGAUCUCUGUUGCUUGUGCAACCGACAUGACGCUGUUUGGCUACGAUCAGGGUGUCUUUGGCGGAGUCGUGGUCACACAGGACUUUCUCCAAGUUCAUAACCUGGCCGGCCCCGCGAAGACAUCGCUUUUGGGUACAGUGACUGCGAUUUAUGAUGUUGGCUGCUUCUUUGGCGCCAUCAUCGCUGUUUGGCUGGGGGAAAAGCUAGGCCGACGGAGAUCGGUCCUGGUCGGUACAACUAUCAUGAGUGCUGGGGCUAUUCUCCAGAUUUGCUCCUACAGUACUGCUCAAAUGAUCGUGGGCCGCAUCAUUGCCGGCAUCGGCAAUGGAAUCAACACGGCUACUGCGCCCGUCUGGCAGACGGAGACAUCGGCAAUCAAAUGGCGAGGGAAGCUGGUCGUUAUCGAGCUCAUCUUGAACAUUGCUGGGUUUUCGCUGUCGAACUGGGUCACGUUUGGCUUCUCUUUUGUCGGGGGCCCGGUUUCCUGGCGACUCCCCCUCGCUUUUCAGUUUCUCUUCAUCGUCAUCCUCUUUUCAACUGUGCCCUGGCUGCCAGAAUCACCAAGAUGGCUUAUCGCACACGACUAUGAAGACGAGGCGUUCAAAAUAUUGGCCGACCUUGAGAAUAAGUCUGAGGAUGAUCCCUUCAUCCUCGCGCAGCACAAAGAAAUCGUCUACACGGUCCAGUACGAGCGCGAGAACGCGGUACGGUGGGUCGACCUGCUCCGUGGGCGAACUGGCAACGAAGCUGGAACCAAGACUAUUCGACGUCUGAUCCUCGGUGCAGGAACGCAGGCUAUGCAACAGCUGUCUGGCAUCAAUGUUACCUCUUAUUAUCUGCCGACGGUGCUGAUCAAGUCUGUUGGGCUGGGCGAGACGAUGGCGAGGUUGCUUGCGGCCUGCAACAGUGUCUCGUACCUCCUGUUUUCGUUGAUUGGGAUUCCGAAUGUCGAAAGAUGGGGCCGAAGAAACAUGAUGAUUUUCGCCGCGGCCGGCCAAUCCUUCUGCUACCUUAUCAUCACUGUUCUUAUUCGAUAUAACGAGAAGCCCGGGUAUGCACACGCACAUGAAGUGGCAUCGGCCUCGGUGGCAUUCUUUUUCCUUUACUAUGUGUUCUUCGGGAUUGGAAUGCAAGGCGUACCUUGGUUGUAUCCAACAGAGAUUAACUCGCUACCAAUGCGUACCAAAGGCGCGGCCCUUGGAACGGCGACGAACUGGAUUUUCAAUUUCAUGGUGGUAGAAAUCACUCCUAUUGGCAUCCAAAACCUUCAGUGGAAGUUUUAUAUUAUCUGGACAAUUCUCAACGCUUCAUUCGUUCCGCUGAUGUACUUGUUCUAUCCCGAAACGGCAGAUCGAUCUCUGGAAGAUAUAGACGACUAUUACCGGACUAACCCGCCUCUGCUGGUGUUCAGAGACAAAGACGUUAUCUCAAGCAAGCGACCUGACAAAUACAAGAUCAAGGAACAGGAGGAAAUUCGAAGAGCCUCAUCGGCAGAUCCCUCGGCUUUCCGACGAGGAAGCCGCCUCAGCUACGCCAGUGCGAGGGAAGCCCAACUAGCUGCUGCAAGGGAAGCUUAUCAUGAGGAAGAAUAUGAAGGAAAGACUGAGCACGGAGACUAUGAACAGGAGAAGGUCUAUCACAAGGAGGAUGUGUGA